GCCGGCGGCGCGGUGGCGGCUUUGACGCCGUCGUACACGACGAAGAAGAGCGCUGCCCCCGGCGCGGACCCCACGACCGCGGACCCGAUCCCGUUGUAGACGCCCCGGAACCCCCCCGCGGCCCAGAAGCCGCGCGAGGACUGCAGCCGGGUUUUGAUCGUGUCGAGCGGGAACAGCGAGGUGUCGACGGUGGUGCCGGCGAUGGCGCCUGCCUGUGGGAGGGGAGGUCAACGCGAGUUUCUCUUUUUUUCCUUCAUGCGGGUUGUUUCUGGAGGUGUGCGCAGCGAAUGGAACGGGAUGGAAUGGGAUGGGAUGGAUAGAUGCAAAUCAUGUGAAGCUGGUGGUGGUGGUGGUGGUGGUGGUGGUGGUGUAUUUGGCGAAUGUCGCGUGCUCUCUCUCUCUCCCGAUUUCUCCCUUUUUUCUCUCUUCAAACAAACAGACGUACCAGUAAUGAACGGAGAUACGGGGAUUCCACCCAGGGAGGAACCCCACCACCGCCCUCUGUCGUCGAGGGCCCCAUUGCGUUGCGAGCGGCGGCGAUUUUCUGCGUUCGUGGUGGAUGGGCGAUCACGCCGCGACAGAGGCGUCUGUAUGUGAUGGAAAUUCCGAGGGCGCAGGAGUAGUCGACGCCGUG